AUGUCUACUGUUGAUAGCGAGGUUGAUUCUGAAAACCUAAACAGAUUUAAUAAUGUUGUUCAGAAUUUACCAAUUAGAACGAAAUUAACUAUCUCUUCAUUAUGUCUACUAGAUAAUAUCUCCACUCAGUUGUUAAGAUUCUUAAUCUUUAACUCAAAUUCUCCACAAGUUAUCGCUCUAUAUACUGAACAUGGCACUUAUUUAAGUUCAGGUGAAACUGAAAUCUUUCAAACUCUGUUGAAACUGUUCAAACAAGUCCGUUUAAUCUAUAACACUAGAUCACCUUUAUUACAAGUUCAUGAUGUAGCCCCAGGUCUUUGGUUUCCUAAUUCACCACCUCCUUCUCUAUUGAGAGGUCAUGAAGCUUAUAUUAUUACUGCUAUUCGUAAAGCUAACUUGUUAACAUUCAUUUUGACCACCUUGGGUUGCUUCUCUUAUGGUUUUGAAUUGUUACAGUCAUCAUUCUUAGAUAUAUUCUGUCCAAAUACUAUGUUUGCAGGUUCUGAUUCAUCAGAUCAAAUUGGGAAAUUUUUAAAAUCUCAAGCUAUCCUAUACUUGGAUUUAAAGACUCAGGCUUUCAUUGCAGGCCUUAGAGAUAGUAAAGGCGACUCUAACGAUAUUCCUGAUGAUAAAAAAUUGGAAUUGUUGCAAGAGAUAUUUCCGGAUAAUUUAUCUAAUCAACUGAUCUCUAGAAGAAUUGGUUCCACAGAGGUUAAUGAAACUGAUACAAUGACUCCAUCUGAAGUUGAUUUCAUUGAAAGAUGUGAACGUCGUAAAGAAAAUCUGUCAAAAUUCACUAAGUUUGACGAUUUAAUGGAAUCGCAUGAUUGGAAUCAUUUCAUUAAGGAGAUCCUUGAUUAUUGUAACAGAAAUAUGGGUCUGAUCAUUUGGGGUAGAAGAGGCCGCGGGAAAUCUCCAUUAUAUGCAUUUGACAAGAAUGAAUUUGAUAAUCAAGUCUUAUACUCAAGUGGUGCAGUGGCUCCACAAGUUGGUAAUGGUGAUGAUGAUGAUACGACUCAAAAUAAUGACGAGGAUAUAAAUCUACAUCUGGAUGAUGACAUCGCUUCAAGUGAUAGCCGUGCAGGUCCAGAUUUUGCAUCAUCUAUGGCUUCAUUCAGUAGUACAUCUAAGAAUAUAAAUGAUAAUGUGAAGAAAAUGACACAGAAUUUAGUGAAUGCUGCAAUUGCAGCUUCGGCUACUAGUGGUAUUAAGAAAUUGAAACCAAAGAGGACUUGGUCUCAAAGAGAAAAUGAGGCACUAAAGGAUGGUUUAAUGGAGGUCGGGCCGUCCUGGUCAAAGAUUUUGGAUCUUCAUGGUCCAGGUGGUAAAAUUUCUGAGGAUUUGAAGAAUAGAACACAAGUCCAAUUGAAGGAUAAAGCAAGAAAUUGGAAAUUACAUUAUUUGAAGAGUGGUAAACCACUUCCAGAAUAUCUAACUAAAGUAACAGGUAAUUUAUCCAAGAUUCAAAAGACCAAAAAGGUUAAAACAGUACUAUCUUCUGCCCCACAAGCGUCGUCAUCCGCUACAAAUGAAGAUGAUACUGCGGCGGCUGCUCCAAGUGGUUCUCAUGUGAAUGAUGUUGGUGUUUCUUUAGAUACCGAAUUAUCGCAAAGAGAUGAGGAUGAGGAUGAUGAAGAUACUCAAAAGGGUAGUCAAGAAAACGGGUUAUUUGGUAACGGACAUAAUGAUACCGAGUCAUUCGAUCCAAAUUUGGAAAGUAGUAUGUGA